AUGGCUAUUCUCAGCAAGUUACUCUUUUGGGGAGCUUUAUUGCUCUCGGUAUAUCCCAUUGACGCUCGUAAGACUGUACUUGAAAGACCCAAGCUUCAAUGGGGGCCCAAGACGCCAGGGCGGCCGUUCCCACACUCUCCCAAUCGCCACAAGACAUGCUACGUCCCCAGCUCUUCUCAUUUCCACAAUCAUAAAGAUAUCGACAGUGCUCCUGAGAUUCUCAGAGCUUUCAAAAAUUGCAACAGAGGUGGCCGCGUGGUAUUGGAUGGCACUUACAUUAUUGCAUCCCCCUUGGAUCUCACUUUCCUGGAGGCUGUAGACGUUGUCCUCACUGGCACCAUAAAGUUCUCCAAUGACAUUGACUAUUGGGUGCAGAACUCGUUCAAAUAUGCCUUCCAGAACUCAACCGCCUUCUGGCGUUUUGGAGGAAAAGACGUCAACAUCUACGGAGGGGGUCACGGUUUACUUGACGGAAACGGCCAAGCUUGGUACGAUGCAUUUGCGACUAACCCUACUCUUUUACGACCUAUUUUGUUUGUUCUAGACGGACUGAAAGCGGGCUCUAUUACGGGCCUCAAAAUGCGAAACUCUCCCGAUUGGUUCAACCUCAUCGCUAAUAGCACUGAUAUCCUUGUCAGCGAUAUUGACAUUGCAGUUCGCAGCGAGAGCAGCAAUCCGGCCAAGAAUGGUGACGGAUGGGACACCUUUCGAAGUAAUCGCGUCGUCAUACAGAACUCCCAUGUUAAUAACAGCGACGACUGCGUGUCGUUCAAGCCUAACAGCACCAACAUCAUUGUUCAAGGCUUGCAGUGCAAUGGUUCCCACGGCAUCUCAGUCGGCUCUCUCGGCCAAUAUCCCGCAGAAUACGACAUAGUUGAGAACGUAUAUGUAUACAACAUCUCAAUGUCCAACGCCAGCGACGGCGCUCGUAUUAAAGUAUGGCCUGGUACAGAUACUCCAUUUCAGCCUGGUCUAUCAGGAGGAGGAGGAGCAGGAUACGUGAAGAAUGUCACCGAUGUCUUGUUUAAGAACAUGUGGGGAACAACGUCGUCCAAGUAUGACCCCGAUGUUGGGACUCUGACAUGCUCCUCUCCCGAAAAAUGUGUUAACAUCGCUGCCCAAAACAUCUCGGUGGCUAAUCCUAGCGGCAAAACGCCUCAAUGGAUCUGUACCAACAUGGAAGAUGGCCUUUUGGAUAUAAAUUGUGUCUCAGCUAGCUCAUGA